AUCCGAUAUGAACAAACAGACCAAAGAAUGGUCCCGAGCUCAGCUCUGCCUGCCGAAGGAUAAUCUAACAACAGAGGCAGGAGACCGGGCCCGGGCGGCAAGCUUUUUGCCUUCAUACGAACAGGAUUGCGUUCCCGUUAGUAUGUCCUAUCUGCUUGGUUGGGAGUAUGCCAGGAUAUGGGUGCGAGAUCGGGACAAGUAUGUGCAGCAACGUGAAAAGGCGGCCAAGCCCCAGUUCAUCAAGAACGACUUUGAAUGGUGGCUGAAACUCCGAAAAACCACCAAGAAAUUCUGUAAAGUUGGAAAUUAACGAAUUAACCAAAAUUGAGUACAAUUUUGUACAAGGAUAACUAUAAGCAUCUAAUAAAUUUUCAUUUCAUUCAUCAAA